UCCUCGCCUCUUCUCUCUCUCUCUUCCGCAGCAGAGCGCCACCGCGGCGGCGUCCAUUUUACAAAUCCGAGGGGCAAGGCAAACAAAAACAAAAGCGACAAGCAGCAGCAGCAGCUCGCAUUGCGGGAGGACCCGACGCCAGCUCACUCGCGCACGCAUCCCUCCCCCUCUCCCGGCCUCAGAUCCCAUCUCGCGCCUCCCCGGCACAUGGCCACCGCCGCCACAGCCUCCGCCCCCGCCUCCGCCUCCACCUCCGGCCGCGACCCCCUCGACGCAGCCGCCGCCGCGUCCUCCACCGCUGCCGUCUGCCUCGUCCCGUUCAGGUGGUGGGCGAGGGUGCGGGAGGAGGCGGCGGCGGGUGGGGUGCAGUACGCGGCCACCGCGGCCGCCUCGCCCUCCUACUACGGCAUCAGGCUCCUCCACAGCUUGCUGCACCCGGAUCUCGUCCUGCGACUCGAGCGCGGGGAAUGCCGCGCCGGUGGCGGAGGCCGAAGCUACGCGCUCGUCCCGGCCGACGAGCUCUCGCGGGCGCUCGCCAGGCAGAACUCUGGUUUGGCUUUGCAAAAUAAACAUUCGUUUGCUGGAGACAGCGCUGGUGCUUAUCCUUUGGUGCUUAGGAUAUCUGUCAGCGAAACAAGUAUUUUGACACUGAAGAUCAGCAAAAAGGACAAUCCAGUUGAGAACUACAAACGAGCAAACAAGAUUUUUAAUGCUGAUUCUCAACCAGUUCAUGUUUGGGAUUUUUCAGGGCAGACAAACUUAAUAUUAAUGAAUGAAUGGAAUAGGCUACAUCAUGACUGUUGCCAUACAGAUCAAGAGAAUCUUCUAGAAGUGCAAGUCUACGCAAUGUCCGACUCCUUAACAUCCAAAAUUGGAGGGACCAACAAAGAAAAUUCUGGAGAUGUUCAUGAUGCUGAUUCAUCCUAUGGAAGCUUUGGAAGAGCUAGCUCUAUGGGGUUGAUAGGAUUGGAGAAUCUUGGAAAUACUUGCUUUAUGAACAGUUCGAUCCAAUGUUUGUCUCACACACCAAAGCUUGUUGAUUAUUUCCGUGGUGCUUAUGCCAGAGAUAUAAAUCGGACUAAUCCAUUGGGACUGAAUGGUGAACUUGCUUUGGCAUUUGGAGAAUUGUUGAGGAGCUUAUGGACCACUGACAGAAAACCAGUUGCACCGCAUCAUUUCAAAGCAAAAAUUGCCUGUUUUGCUCCUCAGUUCAAUGGCUUUAAUCAGCAUGAUUCACAGGAGCUUCUUGCCUUUUUAUUGGAUGGUCUCCAUGAAGAUCUUAACCAGGUUAAGUGCAAACCAUAUGAAGAAGCGAAGGAUGCAAGUGGCCGUUCUGACAAAGAAGUAGCAGAUGAGUACUGGAGCAACCAUUUAGCUCGAAAUGCCUCCGUUAUAGUCGAUAUCUGCCAUGGACAAUACAAAUCUACAUUAACUUGCCCUACUUGCAGUAAAAGAUCUAUCACUUUCGACCCAUUUAUGUACUUAUCUUUGCCUGUACCUUCCACGGCAAAGAGGGCAAUGACUGUAACAGUUUUCAGCACUGAUGGUAGCAGAGAACCAUUCCCAUAUGAUGUCAGUGUGCCAAAGUUUGGGACUCUUAGUGAUCUUGUUCAGGCUUUAAGCAUUGCUUGUUCACUUGGAGAUGAUGAGAUCCUGCUGGUUACGGAGGUCUAUAAUAACCGCAUCAUUCGAUACCUGGAGGAGCCAUCAGACUCGGUUUCGUUGCUGAGGGAUGGAGAUAAACUGGCAGCAUACCGGCUACCCAAGAAAUACGAGAAAUCUCCGCUUGUCGUUUUUACACACCAACAUUCUGAUGAGCAUUCUAGUAUCGAUGACGUAACACCACAAAUGAAGGAAUUUGAGGCCCCACUUUUGGCAGCUCUACCAGAGAUGGUCAAUGGAUUAUCCCUUCGGAGUAUCUACCUGAAGUUGUUGAAUCCAUUUCGAUUGUCCAAGGGGACUAGUUCGCGUAAUGAUUGUGCAGAGUCUAAUGGUAACUCUCCUGACCUGAUGGAUGCAGUGCCUUCUGGUUCGGAUAGUAAUGUUCAGAACGCUCAAUUGGAAGAUGACCCUGAAAGCAGCCAUGAAAGUGAAAGUGAAAUAAUGGAAAGACCCAGUGAGUUAUGUGAUGGGGGUACAGCUGAUUCUAAUAAGGAGGCACACAUGGAAGAGUUUGAAUUUUAUCUAAAAAAUGAAAGAGGUGAUGGCCAGCAACAGAAUAUAAAAAUUAGUGAGCUGGAUUUACUCGAGACAGCACCAAACCGGUUGCUUGUGAAUGCCCACUGGCAAUGUAAUGCGUUAAGACAAUAUGAUACCUCAAUGCUGAACAAUCUACCUGAGAUUCACAAGCUUGAGCUUAUCCCGAAAGGAACUGAGGAUCCUGUUGCACUACAUGGUUGUCUGGAAGCCUUUCUGAAAGAGGAACCAUUGGGGCCGGAGGACAUGUGGUACUGCCCAUGCUGCAAAAAGCAUCAACAAGCGAUGAAGAAAUUAGAUUUUUGGAGGCUGCCCGAAGUUCUGGUGAUCCAUCUCAAAAGGUUCUACUACACUCAGUUCACAAGAAACAAGCUCGAGACGUUUGUAGAUUUCCCCAUCAGUGAUUUAGAUCUGUCAUCAUAUAUAGCCGACAAGAGUGAGCAGCCAGACAGCCAUUAUCGCUUGUAUGCUAUUAGCAACCACUAUGGAAAUAUGGGAGGGGGGCAUUACACCGCCAGCAUCUUUCAUGAGGAAGGGAAGGGGUGGUACAAGUUUGAUGACGACUGCGUAACUCCUUUAAGUGAAGACAGUAUAAAGACACCGGCUGCUUAUGUUCUGUUCUACAGACGAGAGUGAGGAUACAACUGCAGUGCAAAAGUAUUUUCUGCAGGUGCUUUGGCGACUCCAGAUUUUCCUACAUAUUAUGCCUGCUUCAUCAUGUGUGAUUUCAACAUGUCGGCACUUGAAUCUCUCAAGUCACACUAACCUAUACAACAGCAUGUACAGAUUCAAUUGCCAACAAGAGAACAAAAGACCUAGCUGAUGCAAUAUUCUUUUUUCCAACUCACAAUAAUCUUUUCGGUACAUGGCUUGGGUCCACAUUGUAAUUGCUCCGACCGAUCAGUGAAGGGUUGGUCAACUCACCAAAUUCUUUCCUGGAAUUUGAAACGAUGUAACAACUCUGUAAAUUAACUCCCCGUGA